CAAUACGUGCUACCACCACGACAGGAGCUGGAAGACAUGGCGCGCUUGGUUGCGGUUUGCAGGGACGGGGAAGAAGACUUUCCUUUCCUCGCAAGACAGAUUCCCCUGUACAUCGAUGACACUCUCACGGUAAGAAAGUGCAGUGUGUCCGUCUCCCAUAUGGUGCUCUAGAUGUUUUAAGGCUUUACAAUCAGGCACUCUUCUGAAAGUAGCUAGCUACCUAUGUCGACCAUGAAACUCGGUUGCGAGCGAGUGACCGAGAGGACUAUCUAGGCCUUUCCAAGAACUAGCGCCAGCAAACUAGCUAGCCGGAUCCACCAACCGGCUUUCUAGUCAGCAAUGUUUGAUAGCUAGGUAUGUUGGUUAGAGCUAGCUCUAGCUGUCACGUAUUUCCAAUGACACCCUGAUGUAGGUUAAGCAAUGCAUUUUGGCAUUACAGUUCUGAGCUGUUAGGCUAGCCUAACUGACCAGUUAACUAACCGGCAAGCUAACCAUGACCGCAAACUGUAUGCGGAUGCUUGUUAGCUGAGUGGCUAGCCUAAAUGGUGAUCAUUUGAGCAGUGGUAGCAUAUUAGAUACUGGGCUUGGACCUAUUUUGGCGAUGCAGAUACUGUAUGGACAGGUUAAUGUUGGAAGAGCAUUCAUUUAGUGAACAGAUUUACUUGCUAUACUUUACAUAGUGUAGCAUUUCCCAGUUGUGUUGUGGAAUACUUGUGCUGAUGACAUUUUCAAUAUAUGUCCCCUUGUUAUUACAGAUGGUGAUGGAGUUUACUGACAGUGUCAUGAACCUUGACAGUCACCAGAUCAACAGCUCUCAGAUGAAGCAGUUUGUUGAGGUGAGUGAGUACUGUGACACUGUUGCUGUGAAUGUGAUCGAAUAGAAUGAAUCAACAUCCUAGUCAUAAGGAAGGAAGAAGAUUUGUGUGUACUAGGGACGUUAACGGUUAACCGUUAGUCAUUAGCCACUGAAAACACAUUUGACCGGUCAUUCUUAUCGGUCUAUAGGUUAAUUUGCAUACUUUAAUGGAAUUAAAUUGCCGUGUGUGUAUCUUCGUGAGUCGUCAUGUAUCUUAUGUAUCUCUCCCGAGUGGCGCAGUGGUCUAAGGCACUGCAUCACAGUGCUAGCUGUGCCACUAGAGAUCCUGGUUCAAAUCCAGGCUCUGUUGUAGCUGGCCGCGACCUGGAGACCCAUGGGGCAGCGCACAAUUGGCCCAGCGUCGUCCAGGGUAGGGGAGGGAAUGGCCGGCAGGGAUGUAGCUCAGUUGGUAGAGCAUGGCAUUUUGCAACGCCAGGGUUGUGGGUUCGAUUCCAGUAUGAAAAAAUAAAUUUAAAAAAUGUAUGCACUCACUCACUGUAAAUCGCUCUGGAUAAGAGCGUCUGCUAAAUGAUGUAAAUUUAAAUUUUAUUAACCGACAUUUGUUAUUUUUCGGUUUUUAAACAACUAAUUGACUCAUGUCAGUUCAAUUAUUUGAAUUCCAUUUUGUUCAGGGUUUUUUCUGUGCACACAUUGCACAGUUUCUCUAGAGAUAAAUCAGGUCCAGCCUGAACUGUGUGAUGUAGUAGGGAGUUGUAGUUUCCAACAGGCCAAUAUUCUACAUAGUUUAGUGCUUAAAACGUGGUUAUUAACUAGAAUGACCAUAAUCCAUUGCGCGUCUACUUGUCCAGUCUACGGAAGAGGCAGAAGAAUGCGCGAUCGUGAGGGGAUCUGAAAAUACAUGAUCUAAGUGAUCGAUAGUUGGAAAUCAGCAGUCAUAAAAGUAUGCCUUAUUUACUUUGAAAAACUACAAAAUAGUAAUUUUGUUAGACAGCAUAUGCAGCAGCUCUAUAGAGAUGAGAUUACUUGGAAUUAAAUAAUGGUCAUUAAAAUAAAACAAAUGUAAUUUGAACAACUGAAGUAUUUUAUUAAAGUAAAGAAAUGUCAAUAAAUGGUUAAUGUGAUAAGCAGUAAUGAGCAGUCACUACCAUCAUGGGACUUUUAUUAAUUGUUUUAUUCUGUUACAACAUUCAACCUAAAUAAUUGAAACCGAAAACCGUGAUUAAUUUUUUAAUAAUUUAACAGAAACCGAACCGACCUAUAAAAGCACUAAUCGCUCAGCACUACUUAAUUAUCACACACUCGCAGCAUACAGAGCCUAGUUUGAGGAGCAGAAUGGCCUAUCACCUGUCAGACCGCAUGAGAGCACCUGUCAGACCGCAUGAGAGCUGGUACUGGAGUGAAACAUGCUUUUAUAAGCCUAGUCAUUGCACAACAAAUAACUAUUCUAAAUGCAAUCGCGUUUUUAAACUGUUGAUGUUUUUAAACUGUUGAUGAUUAAAAAGAGCUGUUUUAUCUCACAAUCUUAACUCGUAAUUAAGGCGCGCCUCCCAUUCACCAGUGCAUAGGCUAUAGUCAACAGUAGGCAGGCUAUCAGCAUGUCACCCACCACUUUGCAAUAUGAGCUUUAGGCAGUAUAAUUGUUAGAAACCUACGUUUCUAACAGAGAUGUUAAUCUGUCACAUAUGGAACUGCUCGCAUUAGGUGCACUGUUUUAGAACUGUGAUUUCCUACGAAUUGCAUUUUGGCAAAUGUUUGAAAAAUAAGUUUUAUUAGCUUCUCCAUUACAGCAGUUGCAUGUUCAAUAAUAGGCUAUAGCCCUUUGACUGUAAGACUUGCUAUUGUUGCAUGUUUUAAUUAAGCUGUUAAUGAAAAAUUGCCAUUCCUUGAAUGCAUGCAUAAUAUUUUCUGUUGGUAAUUUUACUGUUUGGAGACUAAAAUUACAUGGAUAAUCCACCCAACCCUCUAAUUCCUAUGAUUAGAGGGUUGGGUGGUCCUCUGUAGCUCAAUUGGUAGAGCAUGGCGCUCGUAACGCCAGGGUAGUGGGUUCGAUCCCCGGGACCACCCAUACGUAAAAAUGUAUGCACAUAUGACUGUAAGUCGCUUUGGAUAAAAGCGUCUGCUAAAUGGCUAAUAAUAAUAAUAAUAAUAAUAAUAAUAAUAAUAAUAAUAAUAAUAAUAAUAAUAAUAAUAAUUUUAUUAUUAUUAUUAAGUGUUUGUGGGUUUUGCAGCUCAAGUCGACUACAAAACCCACAAUGCAAUGCUCUCUCUGUGCUGGCUGCUAGGUAGCUAGCUAGCAAAUGUAACUACAUACAAUAAAACCUACAUGUGAAGGUGCUAGUGCUACUUACUGCAUAUGUAGUAAAAUCGGCUAAACAAACUGCACUAACAAUUUAGGAGUCUCACCGAGUUCAAUUUGCAGUUCGCCUCUGCCCAGAGCCAGUGCAGAGUACGUUGCUAUGGCAACAACGGCCCUUUCCCACAGACACACAGAGCUCAUUGCGAGAUGGUACUUGAAGGAGAAACUGUGUUGAAUAAUUUGGUACACUGUUUAGAUUGAGCCCAUCUAAGCAAAAUAUAUACUUUGUCAUGACGAUAUACACGGAUGGAUGUGUUCUAGACAAGUAUGCCCAUACCAUCUAUUGCAGGGUUAGGCAACCCUGUUCCUGGAGUGCCGCAGGUACUACAAGAUUUUGUCCCUACUAGGCACCACACUGAGCUACUUUGUUAAUUGAUCAGUUCAGUGAUUGCCUAAAUUCAACACACCUGGUCUUCCAGGUCGGUUAAAUCAAAAACAUGAAGGGCCUCCUGCACUCCAGGACUGGGAUUUCGUGAUUUUAGGGGCAAGGCCAUUUGGCCUUCAAGAGGUGCCCAAUCUGCCAGGGCCAUUAACCACAUUUUAUACAUUUAUUUGAAAACCGAAAAACACUUGCUAUUCCAAUGACUGGAACGAACUGCAAAAAUCUCUGAAUCUGGAGACACUUAUCUCCCUCACUAACUUUAAGCAUCAGUUGUCAGAGCAGCUUACCGAUCACUGCACCUGUACACAGCCCAUCUGUAAUUAGCCCACCCAACUACCUCAUCCCCAUAUUGUUAUUUAUUUUGCUCAUUUGAUCCCCAGUAUCUCUAUUUGCACAUCAUCUUCUGCACAUCUAUCACUCCAGUGUUAAUACUAAAUUGUAAUUAUUUUGCACUAUGGCCUAUUUAUUGCCUUACCUCCAUAACUUACUACAUUUGCACACACUGUAUAUAGAUUUUAUAUUUUUCUAUUGUGUUAUUGACUGUACGUUUUUGUUUAUACCAUAUGUAACUCUGUGUUGGUGUUUUUAUCGCACUGCUUUGCUUUAUCUUGGCCAUGUCGCAGUUGUAAAUGAGAACUUGUUCUCAACUGGCCUACCUGGUUAAAUAAAGGUGAAAAAAUUAAUAAAAAAUGUUCUCUGCUCAUGGCUGCUCUGUGAGUAACCAUAGCAACGCUCCGCUUGGGUCGCUCUGCUCAAUGUAGAGACAUGAGAGCAGUUAGCUUUUUUCAUCACUCUAAACUCAGACAACUUAAGGCACAUUAUUAUUUUCUGUGAAAUAAUCUCUCCUUAUAUUUGACGAGUUUGAAGCACUUCUGACCCCAUGUUAUGAUCUUAGUCAGAUAUGACUGUACUGCGUAGCAGUGCACGAGCAAAUGGCUCAGCUUCAAAAUGUAAGUGAUACCCGAGACCUGACCGUACCCUAGUUAUUGAUGAAAAAACAGGCCCUACUUGGCCCUAACCCGAUGUAUAAUGUUGAGGCCCAGUGACGGGAACCAUGUAGCUAUGACGCGUUCCUACACGAUUUCCUGAUUUCAGACGGACCACUUAGAAGUUUAUUUUACCCACUGAUAGAACAUAGGCUUUCAUUGAAUUGAUAGGAGUUUCAUGAUUUUUAUUUCUGGGGGUGGAUUAUAACCCCCUAACCGUUUGUUGACAGGUUAAUGAGGGUCGGUUAGUCGGCAGCAAAAUUGACCGAAAUGUGCAUCCCUAGUGUGCGCCUUUUCAUACAUGGCUUGAUGAUAUUGACUUUAAGACUGGUUGUCAUACUUUGCUCAAGGAUCAUGCCUUUAUUUCUUCAACACUUAGCUACACACAGUACUAAGUCAAGUUGUGUGUGUGUGUGUGUGUGUCUGCCUGCCUCUGCCCCCCACAGCAUCACAGCAUGUUGAAGCAGCAGGACCUGAACAACGCCAUGAUUGUGUCGUCCAGGGAGAUGUUCAGCGCCCUGUCCCAGCUGGUGCCGUGCGUGGGCUGCAGGCAGAGUGUGGAGCGCCUCUUCUCCCAGCUGGUGGAGUCUGGGAACCCGGCUCUGGAGCCCCUCACUUUGAAGCCCAUCGGCGUGCUCUCUGUCACCAAGGCCUGCGUGGCCGAUGCAAACAAGCUGUACAACCUCUUCUACUUCCACGGGUGAGUGAGAACUGUCACAAGACAGACUACAAGAGUCUAUUUCUUUAUUCAUACUUUAUUGGCAUGUCACAGAGUGCUUCUUGUGUAGCCUAACUUUUUAUUGAUUCUUUAUUGACCUGUCAUAAGACGGACUCAUACUAUUGAUGUGGUCCAUCUUUUAUCCGUACUUUAUUGGCCCAUUUGCCUUAGAAACAAUCUGUAAACUGUGCCCUUGAUUGACAGCAGAAAUAUUACAUACCAUUUCUCGAGUCCCAGUAAGAAUCAGCUGUAUUUGUGUUUUGGAAGGUUUUUUUGUUUAGCUUAUGUAAGUACUGAUAAAAUCUGACCACUUAUGUUUUUAUGGUAAGCUAUUAGUUAGUGUUGUCACGAUAGCAGAAUUCUGAGUUCAAUACCAGGUUUAGUAUCACAAUACUCUAUACCCCUCAAACUCAACUUUGGACCUCGAAGCCAGUUCCACUGCCUUUCUUCAUUGUUGCCCUCUAAUCAGGGACUGAUUUAGACCUGGGACACCAGGUGUGCGCAAUUAACUAUCAGGUGGAACAGAAAACCGUAUUAGCCAAAGUCACAGAAUGGCACUUGAUCCAGACAGAUCUUUUGAAUUCAAUAUCAUUACAUAUUUCUAUUUAUGUUUAUGUAUGCAUUAAUGAAUCAAUUAUAACAUCAUACAAUCAAUUUGACUUUGGUAAAAAACGAACUACAUAACAUAAUGGUAAUCAUUUAUUUGAAUGGUACAGUGCAUUCGGAAAGUAUUCAGACCCCUUCACUUUUUCCACAUUUUAUUAGUUACAACCUUAUUCUAAAAUGAAGUAAUUGUUUUAGGGACAGGUUUUGAGAAAUGUUUAGAAAUGUAUUACAAAUAAAAGACAAACCUUAUUUACACAAGUAUUCAGACCCUUUGCUAUGAGACUUGAAAUUGAGCUCAGGUGCAUCCUGUUUCCAUUGAUCAUCCUGUUUCUACAACUUGAUUGGAGUCCACCUGAGGUAAAUUCAAUUGAUUGGACAUGAUUUGGAAAGGCACACACCUGUCUAUAUAAGGUCCCAAUGUAGACAGUUCAUGUCAGAGCAAAAACCAAGCCAUGAGGGUACCAAAAUGUCUGCAGCAUUGAAGGUCCCCAAGAACACAGUGGCCUCCAUUAUUCUUAAAUGGAAGAAGUUUGGAAACACCAAGACUCUUCCUAGAGCUUGCCGCCCGGCCAAACUGAGCAAUCGGGGGAGAAGGGCCUUGGUCAGGGAGGUGACCAAGAACCCGAUGGUCACUCUGACAGGUUCUUGGUCACUCUUGACAGAGCUCCAGAGUUCCUCUGUGGAGAUAGGAGAACCUUCCAGAAGGACAACCAUCUGUGCUGCACUCCACCAAUCAGGCCUUUAUGGUAGAGUGGCCAGACGGAAGGCACUCCUCAGUAAAAGGCACAUGACAGCCCACUUGGAGUUUGCCAAAAGGCACCUAAAGGACUCUCAGACCAUGAGAAACAAGAUUAUCUGGUCUGAUGAAACCAAGAUUGAACUCUUUGGCCUGAAUGCCAAGCGUCAUCGUCUGGAGGAAACCUGGCACCAUCCCUACGGUGAAGCAUGGUGGUGGCACCAUCAUGCUGUGGGGAUGUUUUUCAGCGGCAGGGACUGGGAGUCUAGUUAGGAUCGAGGGAAAGAUGAAUGGAGCAAAGUACAGAAAGAUCCUUGAUGAAAACCUGCUCCAGAGCACUCAGGACCUCAGACUGGGACGAAGGUUCACCUUCCAACAGGACAACAACCCUAAGCACACAGCCAAGACAACGUAGGAGUGGCUUCGGGACAAGUCUCUGAAUGUCCUUGAGUGGCCCAUCCAGAGCCCAGACUUGAACCCGAUCGAACAUCUCUGGAGAGACCUGAAAAUAGCUGUGCAGCGACGCUCCCCAUCCAACCUGACAGAGCUUGAGAGGAUCUGCAGAGAAGAAUGGGAGAAACUCCCCAAAUACAGGUGUGCCAAGCUUGUAGCGUCAUACCCAAGAAGACUCGAGGGUGUAAUUGCUGCCAAAGGUGCUUCAACCAAGUAUUGAGUAAAGGGUCUGAAUACUUAUGUAAAUGUAAUAUUUAGGUUUUAUUUUUAAUACAGUUUGCAAAAAUGUCUAAACCUGUUUUUGCUUUGUCAUUAUUGGGUAUUGUGUGUAGAUUAAUGAGGGACAAAAACAAUUUAAAUAAUUUUAGAAUAAGGCUGUAACAUAACAAAAUGUGGAAAAAGUGAAGGUGUCUGAAUACUUUCCAAAUGCACUGUAAAUCUCUAGUGUAUUGAUGAACUGGGUAAAUCAAGAUGUAGCAAAGGCCUAUUUACAAUACAGGUGAAUGCAUAUUCAAUAGGCGUGUGUGCAUGUAUUGAGUUGUUGAGCUUGUUUUGGCUGAUUUCAAGGGGCUACAGAUGUGUUUCCCUUCCAUUUGUGACUUAUUUUAUUGUACUGGUCAACAUUUGCAUAGAAGAAGCAGUCUCUUCUUUGAUAAAAGUGUGCGCUGUCUCUUCUAACCUCUACGGGAUCUGUGUCCCGUAUACGGGACGGUUGAGCUAACGUGCACUAAUGUGAUUAGCAUGACUGUUGUAAGUAACAGCAAACUUUCCAGGACAUAGACAUGUCUUACAGUGCCUUGGAAAAGUAUUCAUCCCCCUUGGCGUUUUUCCUAUUUUGUUGCAUUACAACCUGUAAUUUAAAUGGAUUUUUAUUUGGAUUUCAUGUAAUGGACAUACACAAAAUAGUCAAUUGGUGAAGUGAAAUGAAAAAAAAUAACUUGUUUCAAAAAAUUCUAAACAGUAAAUAACGGAAAAGUGGUGCGUGCAUAUGUAUUCACCCCCUUUGCUAUGAAGCCCCUAAAUAAGAUCUAGUGCAACCAAUUACCUUCAGAAGUCCUCUGUGGUACUCUGUAGCUCAAUUGGUAGAGCAUGGCGCUUGUAACGCCAGUGUAGUGGGUUCGAUCCCCGGGACCACCCAUACGUAAAAAUGUAUGCGCACAUGAAUGUAAGUCGCUUUGGAUAAAAGCGUCUGCUAAAUGGCAUUUAAAGUCACAUAAUUAGUUAAAGUACACCUGUGUGCAAUCUGUCACAUGAUCUGUCACAUGAUCUCAGAAUAUAUACACCUGUUCUGAAAGGGCCCAGAGUCUGCAACACCACUAAGCAAGGGGCACCACCAAGCAAGCAGCACCUUGAAGACCAAGGAGCUCUCCAAACAGGUCAGGGACAAAGUUGUGGAGAAGUACAGAUCAAGGUUGGGUUAUAAAAAAAUAUCCAAAACGUUGAACAUCCCACGGAGAACCAUUUAAAUCCAUUAUUAAAAAAUUGAAAGAAUAUCGCACGACAACAAACCUGCCAAGAGGGCCGCCCACCAAAACUCACGUAUCAGGCAAGGAGGGCAUUAAUCAGAGAGGCAACAAAGAGACCAAAGAUAACCCUGAAGGAGCUGCAAAGCUCCACAGCAGAGAUUGGAGUAUCUGUCCAUAGGACCACUUUAAGCCGUACACUCCACAGAGCUGGACUUUACAGAAGAGUGGCCAGAAAAAAGCCAUUGCUUAAAGAAAAAAAUAAGCAAACACGUUUGGUGUUCGCCAAAAGGCAUGUGGGAGACUCCCCAAACAUAUGGAGGUACUCUGGUCAGAUGAGACUAAAAUUGAGCUUUUUAGCCAUCAAGCAAAACGCUAUGUCUGGCGCAAACCCAACACCUCUCAUCACCCCGAGAACACCAUUCCCACAGUGAAGCAUGGUGGUGGCAGCAUCAUGCUGUGGGAUGUUUUUCAUCGGCAGGGAUUGGGAAACUUGUCAGAAUGGAAGGAAUGAUGGAUGGCGCUAAAUACAGGGAAAUUCUUGAGGGAAACCUGUUUCAGUCUUCCAUCAGGACAAUGACCCUAAGCAUACUGCUAAAGCAACACUCGAGUGGUUUAAGGGGAAACAUUUUAAAUGUCUUGGAAUGGCCUAGUAAAUCCAAUUGAGAAUCUGGGGUAUGACUUAAAGAUUGCUGUACACCAGCGGAACCCAACCAACUUGAAGGAACUGGAGCAGUUUUGCCUUGAAGAAUGGGCAAAAAUCCCAGUGGCUAGAUGUGCCAAACUUAUAGAGUCAUACCCCAAGAGACUUGCAGCUGUAAUUGCUGCAAAAGGUGGCUCUACAAAGUAUUGACUUUUGGAGGGUGAAUAGUUAUGCAUGCUCAAGUUCUGUUGUUUUGUCUUAUUUGUUGUUUGUUUCACAAAAAAAAAUAUUUUGCAUCUUCAAAUUGGUAGGCAUGUUGUGUAAAUCAAAUGAUACAAACCCUCCAAAAAUCAAUUUUUUAAUUCCAGGUUGUAAGGCAACAAAAUUGGAAAAAUGCCAGGGGGGGGGGGUGAAUAUUUUCGCAAGCCACUGUAUAUGGGCAGAAAGCUUAAAUUCUUGUUAAUCUAACUGCACUGUCCAAUUUACAGUAGCUUUUACAGUGAAAGAAUACCAUGCUAUUGUUUAAGGGGAGUGCACAAUAAAAAGCGUAUCACGGCAACUGGUUUGAUACAUUCACCUCUGAAGGUAAAUAAUGUACCUACAUUCAGUAAUCUUGGUCUGAUUUGUUAUCCUGAGGGUCCCAGAGAUAAAUUGUAGCAUAGUUUUGUUUGAUAAAAUCAAUUUUUAUAUUCAAAUGUAGGAACUGGGUUCUACAGUUUGAACCCUUGCUGUCUCUGGCACCACACCCACCCGGCCAUCGAGAUGUGUCAAAGUUAGUGUAUAAGCUAAUAAUCCGUCAUGUGUGACAUUCCUGGGCGUGUGUAAACUUACAUUUUGUAUUACAAUAUCAUUUUUGUAUGUUCUCUGUAGUUAUGUACUUGAAAAUGUAUCAGUUGACCAAUUCGGCACAUUUGGGCAGACUUGAUACAAAAUAGUCCAGUAUUGCAAUGCUUCACUGGAUCAAUCUGAAACCUAAAUUGCGCCUAAACUGCAAUAUUAUAUUGUGGCCUUUUCUCUUGCAUUUCAAAUAUGAUGGAACAAACAAAAAAAUAGAAAACGCAUGUUUUUUUGUUUGUAUUAUCUUCUACCAGAUUUAAUGUGUUAUAUUCUCCUACAUUAAUUUCACAUUUCCACAAACUUCAAAGUGUUUCCUUCCAAAUGGUAUCAAUAAUAUGCAUAUCCUUGCUUCAGGUCUGAGCUACAGGCAGUUAGAUUUGGGUAUGUCAUUUUAGGCACAAAAAAAAAAAAAAAGGUUCCGAUCCUUAAGAGGUUAAGAACAAUGACAUCAUUCACACACUCAGUUUGAGGCAUGACUGGGGGAAGACUUGAGGCGUUUUGCAUUAUUCAAGUAUGUGAACGUCUUUGCAGCAUAAGUGGUGAUGCAGCCCAGACUCAUAGUGAGUGCAAUGAUACCUCAGGACAGGCUAGAGCUAGCAAUGUGUAAAUGGAGCAGGCACGGUGCUCUCGCACUCGUAAGGGGACAUUGGCUGCGCUGAUAGACGGACUCUCAAUCAGUAGCCGACAUGAGACACGCUUGACAGAAGUACCGAAAGUAACAACAAUUUGAGUACCGAACCCUUUUUCAGAUUCUUGUAUCGAAAGAAAGUACAGAUGUUUCGGUAUACUGUACAACACUACAGUAUUAGUAAAUGUGCCAGAAAGGAAAAUGUUUUUUUGUUUUUUUUUUUGUAGGUCAAAGUUGAAUGACAUGAUCGAUGCCAUUCCAAAAAGCAAAAAGAAUAAACGCUGCCAGUUGCACUCCUUAGACACACACAAACCUAAGCCACUGGGGUGAGUCACAUUAACAUAUACUAUUUAUCAUCUAUCUACAGUGCAUUCUGAAAGUAUUCAGACCUCUUGACUUUUUCCACAUUUUGUUACGUUACAGCCUUAUUCUGAAAUGGAUUAAAUAAAUAAAAAUCCUCAUCAAUCUACACACAAUAACCCAUAAUGAUAAAAGCAAAAACAGAUUUGUAGACAUUUUUGCAAAUUUAUAAAAAAUAAAAUAAAAACAGAAAUACCUUAUUUACAUAAGUAUUCAGACCCUUUGCUAUGAGACUCGAAAUUGAGCUCCGAUGCAUCCUGUUUCCAUUGAUCAUCCUUGAGAUGUUUCUUCAACUUGAUUGGAGUCUUGUAUUGUAUUGAUUGGACAUGAUUUGGAAAGGCACACACCUGUCUAUAUAAGGUCCCACAGUUGAAAAUGCAUGUCAGAGCAAAAACCAAGCCAUGAGGUCGGAGGUAUUGUCCGUAGAGCUCCGAGACAGGAUUGUGUCGAGGCACAGAUCUGGAGAAGGGUACCAAAAAAUGUCUGCAGCAUUGAAGAUCCCCAAGAACACAGUGGCCUCCAUCAUUCUUAAAUGGAAGAAGUUUGGAACCACCUAGGCUCUUCCUGGAGCUGGCCAAACUGAGCAAUCGUGGGAGAAGGGCCUAGGUGGUUCAGGGAGGUGACCAAGAACACAAUGGUCACUCUGACAGAGCUCCAGAGUUCUUCUGUGAGAUGGGAGAACCUUCCAGAAGGACAACCAUCUCUGCAGCACUCCACCAAUCAGGCCUUUAUGGUAGAGUGGCCAGACGGAAGCCACUCCUCAGUAAAAGGCACAUGACAGCCCGCUAGGAGUUUGCCAAAAGGCACCUAAAGACUCUCAGACCAUGAGAAACAAGAUUCUCUGGUCUGAUGAAACCGAGAUUGAACUCUUUGGCCUGAAUGCCAAGCGUCAUCGUCUGGAGGAAACCUGGCACCAUCCCUACGGUGAAGCAUGGUGGUGGCAGCGUCAUGCUGUGGGGAUGUUUUUCAGUGGCAGGGAGACUAGUCAGGAUCGAGGGAAAGAUGAACGGAGCAAAGUACAGCGAGAUCCUUGACGAAAACCUGCUCCAGAGCGCUCAGGACCUCAGACUGGGGCGAAGGUUCACCUUCCAACAGUGCAACGACCCUAAGCACACAGCCAAGACAAUGCAGGAGUGGCUUCGGGACAAAUCUCAAUGUCCUUGAGUGGCCCAGCCAGAGCCCGGACUUGAACCCGAUCGAACAUCUCUGGAGAAACCUGAAAAUGCUGACACAGAGCUUGUGAGGAUCUGCAGAGAAGAAUGUGAUAAACUCCCCAAAUACAGGUGUCCACGCUUGUAGCUGUAAUCGCUGCCAAAGGUGCUUCAACAAAGUACUGAGUAAAGGGUCUGAAUUCUUAUGUAAAUGUAAUAUUUCAGUUUGAAUUUUUUUAUAAAUGAUAAAUUCUAAAAAACCUUUUUUUGCUUUGUCAUUAUGGGGUAUUGUGUGUAGAUUAAUGAGGGAAAACUAUUUAAUACAUUUUAGAAUAAGGCUGUAACUUAACAAUGUGAAAAAAGUUAAGGUGUCUGAAUACUUUUCGAAUGCACUGUAACUGCUGUAUUGGACUUAUUUGCAAUAUCGUGUAUGACGAUACAGUUCUUGAGGAAAAAGUUGUGAAGCCUGUUCUCUCAGUUCUGGUAAAUUAAAUGUAAUCUGUAUGUCCACCUAUUGGUCAUACCAGGGCCAGACUAGGCAAUUUGAAGCUGUAGUAAGAGUAAUUUAUGAUGUACAGUAUUGAAGUGUCUUUGAGAUGUCUGUAUGAAUCUUUAGAGGAGAAGGGAAGGCAGACAAAGGGCUAGGUUUAGAGAAAGACAAAGACGGAGGAGCGAAGAGAGACAGCAGAUGUUACGUCGCGUUUUACUUUGGACCCUUUCAGUCCCCCAGCAGGUAUGCAGCAAAGCAAACACAGCUUGUUUGUUCAGAGUUUUUAAGUGACAUUUCUGGAUGCUAGCUAGUUAGCGCCAGUCUGAAGUAGUUGAGUUCAUUGUCAGGAUCAAAAGUAAAAUACUUUCUUGAGUUGAAGCACAUUUUAAUCAGGAUUUGUCCAAUGAAUACUUGCCGAUGUUAAGUCGGCAUGCCUGUCUUGUUCGUCACCUCUAUUGUGAAGCUGACUUGAUAUGUUUGUCUUUCGAAAGAAUGUGUUUGAUUGAUGUGUGUCGUGCUUGAUGUUAACCAAGGUGGUUUGCUGCUCACAGGGGAAGCUGGAUGGAUGUGUGGGAGCUCAUGUCUCAGGAGUGCAGGGAUGAGGUCGUUCUGAUCGACAGUGCCUGCCUCCUGGAAACCCUGGAAACAUACUUGCGCAAACACAGGUAAGUUAGAGUAAUGUUACUUAUGCAACUGCACCUUAAUGUAACUUAGACUGUGAAAAGAAAUGUUACUACUACAAUGUUUUCCUUUUGUCCCUUCUCUCUUCCUUUCAGGUUCUGUACUGACUGCAAGAACAAGGUACUGAGAGCGUACAACAUCCUGGUCGGGGAGCUGGACUGCACAAAAGAGAAGGGAUACUGCGCUGCGUUGUACGAGGGUUUUCGCUGCUGCCCCCACGAGCACCACGUCCACGUCUGCUGCGAGACCGACUUCAUCGCACACCUCCUGGGCCGGGCCGAGCCCGAGUUCGCCGGAGGUUACGAGUAUGUAAACUGCUACUUUUUCCUAUGUUCUAUAAUCUAUGUUCUGUAAACACAUGUAGUAACCUAGUAGUAGUGAAGUAUGCUAAAAUCAUCUGGUAUCCUUCUGAUAUACUAGCUUAGUUAUAGUUUUUCCAUUACCUUUUGUUUGCUUGUUAAAGACCACAUAGAAGUAAAAUGCUAAUUUUCACAACAAAACUCCUGCCGUCUCUUCUUAGACGUAGAGAACGGCACGCUAAGACCAUUGACAUUGCACAAGAGGAAGUGUUGACCUGCCUGGGCAUCCACCUGUAUGAGCGUCUGCACAGAAUCUGGCAGAAGCUGAGGGCAGAGGAGCAAACCUGGCAGAUGCUCUUCUACCUCAGCAUCGACGCUCUACGCAAAAGCUUUGAGGUUGGUUUGUUUUUGUUUCUUUAUGAUCACAUUUUUAUAGAUUUCUUUCCACCCAACAUCAUACAAAAAAGAACACCAACGAACAAGCUUUGAGGUUUGUUGGACAAUGCCAGCAUGACAUAAUAACAACAAGUUGAAGUGACAUGUAUCAGACAUAUUUGUUGAUGGAAGUGAUGUAUUUGUAUUUAUUAAGGAUCCCCAUUAGCUGCUGCCAAGGAAGCAGCUACUCUUCCUGGGGUCCAGCAACAUUAAGGCAGUUAUAUACAAUUAAAGAUAUUACAUUUCAUAACUUUUCACAACACAUUGUGUGCCCUCAGGCCACUACUCUACUACCACAUAUCUACAAUACAACAUCCAUGUGUACGUGUGUAUAGUGCGUGUGUUAUCAUAUGUAUGCGUGUGCCUGUGUGUGUGUCUCUUCACAGGCCCCGCUGUUCCAUAAGGUUUAUUUUUAUCUGUUUUUUUAAAUCUGAUUCUACUGCUUGCAUCAGUUACCUGAUGUGGAAUAGAGUUCCAUGUAGCCAUGGCUCUACAGUCUUGGUCAAAAGUUUUGAGAAUGACACAAGUAUUGGUCUUCACAAAGUUCGCUGCUUCAGUGUUAUGAGAUAUUUUUGUCAGAUGUUACUAUGGUAUACUGAAGUAUAAUUACAAGCAUUCCAUAAGUGUCAAAGGCUUUUAUUGACAAUUACAUUAAGUUUAUGCAAAGAGUCAAUAUUUGCAGUGUUGACCCUUCUUUUUCAAGACCUCUGCAAUCCGCCCUGGCAUGCUGUCAAUUAACUUCUGGGCCACAUCCUGACUGAUGGCAGCCCAUUCUUGUAUAAUCAAUGCUUGGAGUUUGUUCGAAUUUGUGGGUUUUUGUUUGUCCACCCGCCUCUUGAAGAUCGACCACAAGUUCUCAAUGGGAUUAAGGCCUGGGGAGUUUCCUGGCCAUGGACCCAACAUUUCAAUGUUUUGUUCCCCGAGCCACUUAGUUAUCACUUUUGCCUUAUGGCAAGGCGCUCCAUCAUGCUGAAAAAGGCAUCGGUUGUCACCAAACUGUUCUCGGAUGGUUGGGAGAAGUUGCUCUCAGAGGAUGUGUUGGUAGCAUUCUUUAUUCAUGGCUGUGUUCUCAGGCAAAAAUGUGAGUGAGCCCACUCCCUUGGCUGAGAAGCAACCCCCACACAUGAAUGGUCUCAGGAUGCUUUACUGUUGGCAUGAAUCAGGACUGAUGGUAGUGCUCACCUUGUCUUCUCCGGACAAGGUGUUUUCCGAAUGCCCCAAACAAUCGGAAAGGGGAUUCAUCAGAGAAAAUGACUUUACCCCAGUCCUCAGCAGUCCAAUCCCUGUACCUUUUGCAGAAUAUCAGUCUGUCCCUGAUGUUUUUCCUGGAGAGAAGUGGCUUCUUUGCUGCCCUUCUUGACACCAGGCCAUCCUCCAAAAGUAUUCGCCUCACUGUGCGUGCAUAUGCACUCACACCUGCCUGCUGCCAUUCCUGAGCAAGCUCUGCACUGGUGGUGCCCCGAUCCUGCAGCUGAAUCAACUUUAGGAGACGGUCCUGGCGCUUGCUGGACUUUCUUGGGCGCCCUGACGCCUUCUUCACAACAAUUGAACCUCUCUCCUUGAAGUUCUUGAUGAUCCGAUAAAUGGUUGAUUUAGGUGCAAUCUUACUAGCAGCAAUAUCCUUGCCUGUGAAGCCCUUUUUGUGCAAAGCAAUGAUGACGGCACAUGUUUCCUUGCAGGUAACUAUGGUUAACAGAGGAAGAACAAUGAGUUCAAGCACCACCCUCCUUUUAAAGCUUCCAGUCUGUUAUUCUAACUCAAUCAGCAUGACAGAGUGAUCUCCAGCCUUGUCCUCGUCAACACUCUCACCUGUGUUAACGAGAGAAUCACUGACAUGAUGUCAGCUGGUCCUUUUGUGGCAGUGCUGAAAUGCAGUGGAAAUGUUUUUUGGGGGAUGAAGUUAAUUUUCAUGGCAAAGAGGGACUUUGCAAUUAAUUGCAAUUCAUCUGAUCACUCUUCAUGACAUUCUGGAGUAUAUGCUAAUUGCCAUCAUCAAAACUGAGGCAGCAGACUUUGUGAAAAUUAGUAUUUGUGUCAUUCUCAACUUUUGACCACGACUGUAUGUAGUAAUGUGCGCCUCUCAUUGUCUGUUCUGGACUUUGGGAUUGUGAAGAUACCUCUGGUGGCAUGUCUUGUGGGGGAUGCAAUGCAUGGGUGUCCGAGCUGUGUGAUAGUAGUUUUAACAGACACCUCGGUGCAUUGGGCUCCCGAGUGGCGCAGCAGUCUAAGGCACUGCAUCUCAGUGGUCACUACAGACCCACUGGUUCGAUUCCAGGCUGUAUCACAACCGGCCGUGAUUGGGAGUCCCAUAGGGCGGCGCACAAUUGGCCCAGCGUCGUCUGGGUUUGGCCGGUGUAGGCCGUCAUUGUAAAUAAGAAUUUGUUCUUAACUGACUUGCCUAGUUAAAUAAAGGUAAAAUAAAAAAAUCUAAAAUAAAUUCAGCAUGUCAAUACAUACAAAAUUACAAUCUCUCCUCUACUUUGAGCCAUGAGAGAUUGACAUGCAUAUUAUUCAUGUUAUCGCUCUGUGUACAUUUAAGUGCCAGCCGUGCUGCCCUGUUCUGAGCCAAUUGUCCCUCUUUGUGGCACCUGACCACAUGACUGGACAGUAGUCCAGGUGCAUCAAAACUAGGGCCUGUAGGACCGGCCUCGUUCAUAAUGUUGUUAAGAAUGCAGAGCAGCGCUUUUUUUUGGACAGACUUCUCCCCAUCUUAGCUACUGUUGCAUCAACAUGUUUUGACCACGAGUUUACAAUCCAUGGUUACUCCAAGCAGUUGAGUCACCUCAACUUGCUCAAUUUCCACAUUAUUCAUUACAAGAUUUAGUUGAGGUUUAGUUAAGGAUUUGUCCCGAAUAAAAUGCUCUUAGUUUUUGUAAUAUUUAGGACUAACUUAUUUCUUGCCACCCACUCUGAAACUGACUGCAGCUCUUUGUUAAAUGUUGCAGUAAUUUCACUCGCUGUAGUAACUGACGUGUAUAGUGUUGAGUCAUUCACAUACAAAUACACACUGGCUUUACUCAAAGCAUUAAUAAUGGUUGAAAAAAGUAAGGGGACUAGACAGCUGCCCUGUGGAAUUCCUGAUUCUACCUGGAUUAUGUUGGAGAGGCUUCCAUUAAAGAACACCCUCUGUGUUCUGUUAGACAGGUAACUCUGUAUCCACAAUAUAGCAGGCGGUGUAAAGCCAUAACACAUACAUUUUUCCAGAAGCACACUAUGAUCGAUGAUGUCGAAAGCCGCACUGAAGUCUAACAAAAGAGCUCUCACAAUCUUUUUAUCAUCAAUUUCUCUCAGCCAAUCAUCAUUCAUUUGUGUAAGUGCUGUGCUUGUUGAAUGUCCUUCCCUAUAAGCGUGCUGAAAGUCUGUCAAUUUGUUUACUGUAAAACUGCAUUGUAUCUGGUCAAACACACAUUUUUUUCAAAUGUUUACUAAGGGUUGGUAACAGGCUGAUUGGUUGGCUAUUUGAGCCUGUGAAUGGGGCUUUACUAUUUUGGGGUAUCGGAAUUACUUUUGCUUCCCUCCAGGCCUGAGGGCACACACUUUCUUCUAGGCUUUAGAUUAAAGAUAUGACAAAUUGGAGUGGCAAUAUCGUCUGCUAUUAUUCUCAGUAAUUUUCCAUCCAAGUUGUCAGACCCAGGUGGCUUGUCAUUGUUGAUAGACAACUAAUUCUUUCACCUCUUCCUCACUGACUUUUUGGAAUUCAAAAUUACAAUGCUUGUCUUUCAUAAAUAAUAAAUAAUAAUAAUAAAUAAUAUACCAUUUCGCAGACUCUUUUAUCCAAAGCGACUUACAGUCAUGUGUGCAUACAUUUUUACGUAUGGGUGGUCCCAGGGAUCGAACCCACUACCCUGGCGUUACAAGCGCCAUGCUCUACCAAUUGAGCUACAGAAGAACAUAAUUUGGUCAGUUAUACUUGGAAGUGUAGUGUCUGCGUUUUUUGCUGGCAUGUCAUGCCUAAGUUUGCUAAUCUUGCCGAUGAAAAAAUCAUUAAAGUAGUUGGCUAUAUCAGUGGGUUUUGUGAUGAAUGAGCCAUCUGAUUGAAGGAAUUAUGGAGCGGAGUUUGCCUUUUUGGCCAAAAUGUCAUUUAAGGUGCUCCCAAGCUUUUGUCGUGGAAAUUACCACCAGGGACACCUGAAGUCAAUCUUAAAUGAAUAAUUAUUUAUUAUCAGCUGGAGAGGUUCCAGCAAACUUAAUGCACAUCUGUCAGGAGCUCUGCCGGGGCAGUCCCGUUAGUCCUCUUAUGUCCUGCAUACACAGACAAAUAAUAUUUGCAUGAUUUAGCUUAUUCAUUAUUCAUCAUUAACGUUUGGUUCAUGUACACUACCAGUCAAAAGUUUGGACACAUCUACUCAUUCAAGGGUUUUUCUUUAUUUUUAAUUUUUUUUACAUUGUAGAAUAAUAGUGAAGACAUCAAAACUAUGAAAUAACACAUGGAAUCAUGUAGUAACCAAAAAAGUGUUAAACAAAUCAAUAUAUUUUAUAUUUGAGAUUCUUCAAAUAGCCACCCUUUGCCUUGAGGACAGCCUUGCACACUAUUUUGCUUAACAAGUCAUAUAAUAAGUUGCAUGGACUCACUUUGUGUGCAAUAGUGUUUAAGAUGAUUUUUGAAUGAUUACCUCAUCUCUGUACCCCACACAUGCAAUUAUCUGUAAGGUCCCUCAGUCAAGCAGUGAAUUUCAAAUACAGAUUCAACCACAAAGACUAGGGAGGUUUUCCAAUGCCUCGCAAAGAAGGGCACUUAUUGGUAUACUGAACAAAAAUAUAAACGCAACAUAUGAGCUGAAAUAAAAGAUCCAAGACAUUUUCCAUAUGCACAAAAAGCUUAAUUCUUUAACAUUUUAACACAUUUGUUUACAUCCCUGUAAGUGAGCAUUUCUCCUUUGCCAAGUUAACCCAUCCACCUGACAGGUGUGGCAUAUCAAGAAGCUGAUUAAACAGCAUGAUCAUUACACAGGUGCACCUUGUGCUUGGCACAAUAAAAGGCCACUCUAAAAUGUGCAGUUUUGUCACACAAAACAAUGCCACAGAUGUCUCAAGCAAUUGGCAUGCUGACUGCAGGAAUGUCCACCAGAGCUGUUGCCAGAUAAUUGAAUGUUAAUUUCUCUACCAGCCGCCUCCAACGUCGUUUUAGAAAAUUUGGCAGUAUGUCCAACCGGCCUCACAACCGCAGACCACAUGUAACCACGCCAGCCCAGGACCUCCACAUCCGGCUUUUUCACCUGUGGGAUCGUCUGAGACCAGCCAACCGGACAGCUGAUGAAACUGUGGGUUUGCACAACUGAAGAAUUUCUGCACAAACUGUCAGAAACCAUCUCAGGGAAGCUCAUCUGCGUGCUCCUCAUCCUCACCAGGGUCUUGACCUGACUGCAGUUCGGCAUAGUAACCGACUUCAGUGGGCAAAUGCUCACCUUCGAUGGCCACUGGCACGCUGGAGAAGUGUACUCUUCACGGAUGAAUCCCAGUUUCAAUUGUACCGGGCAGAUGGCGUGUAUGGCGUUGUGUGGGUGAUCGGUUUGCUGAUGUCAACGUUGUGAACAGAGUGCCCCAUGGUGGCGGUGGGGUUUUGGUAUGGGCAGGCAUAAGCUACGGACAACGAACACAAUUACAUUUUAUCGAAAGGCAAUUUGAAUGCACAGAAAUACUGUGAAGAGCGCCUGAGGCCCAUUGUCGUGCCAUUCAUCCACUGCCAUCAACUCAUGUUUCAGCAUGAUAAUGCACACCCCCAUGUCGCAAGGAUCUGUACACAAUUCCUGGAAGCUGAAAAUUGAGCAUGUUUGGGAUGCUCUGGAUCGAUGUGUACGACAGCGUGUUCCAGUUCCUGCCAAUAUCUAGCAACUUCGCACAGCCAUUGAAGAGGAAUUGGACAACAUUCUACAGGCCACAAUCAACAGCCUAAUCAACACUAUUUGAAGGACAUGUCGCACUGCAUGAGGCAAAUGGUCGUCACCAGAUACUGACUGGUUCAAUGAUCCACUCCCCUACCUUUUUAAAGUUUUUUUUUUUAAGGUGUCUGUGAUCAACAGAUGCAUAUCUGUAUUCCCAGUCAAGUGAAAUCCAUAGAUUUAGGGCGUAAUGAGUUUAUUUCAAUUGACUGAUUUCCUUAUGAACUGUAACAAAAUCCUUGAAAUUGAUGCAUGUUGUGUUUGUCUUUGUUCAGUGUAGAUGGGUGUAAAAAGAAUAACACACAUUGGAUAGCCCCUUUGAGCACGGUAAUGUUAUUAAUUACACUUUGGAUGGUGUAUCAAUACACCCAGUCACUACAAAGAUACAGGCGUCCUUCCUAACUCAGUUGCCAGAGUGGAAGGAAACCCCAGGGCAGCUGUCUAGGCCCCUUACUUUUUUCAACCUUUAUUAAUGACAGGCCAAUGGUGAUUUUAAAACAGUUAGAAUUUAAUGACAGUGAUAGGAGAACUGAGGAUGGCUCAACAUUGUUGUUACUCCACAAUACUAACGUAAUUGACAGAGUGAAACAAAACAUGACACUAAAGUAAUACUGGCAAAGCAACUAACUUUUUGCCCUGAAUACAAAGUGUUAUGUUUGGGGCAAAUCCAAUACAACACAUUACUGAGUACCACUCUCCAUAUUUUCAAGCAUAGUGGUGGCUGCAUCAUGUUAUGGGUAUGCUUGUAAUCAUUAAGGACUGGGGAGUUUUUCAGGAUAGAACGGAAUGGAGCUAAGCACAGGCAAAAUCCUAGAGGAAAACCUGGUUCAGUCUGCUUUCCAUCACACUGGGAGAUGAGUUCACCUUUUCAGCAGGACAAUAACCUAAAACACAAGGCCAAUUCUACACUGGAAUUGCUUACCAAGAAUACAGUGAAUGUUUGAGUGGCAGAGUUAGUUUUUACUUAAAUCUGCUUGAAAAUGAUUGUCUAGGAAUCAUCAACAUCCAAUUUGACAGAAUUGGAAGAAUUUCAACAUUCCAUUUUUAUAACCUUUUAUUUAGCCAAAUUAUUUUUACUAUAACGACCUGUUAACACCCAUUUCCCCAGAUGGCGGUGGAGAAGGUGCAAGGCAUCAGUCGUUUGGAGCAGCUGUGUGAAGAGCUGUCUGAGGAGGAGAGGGCCAAGGAGCUGAAGCAGGAGAAGAAGAGGCAGAAGAAGAAGAACAGACGAAAGAACAAGUGGGGCUUCGACAUGUCCGAGGGCAAGGAGAAGAGCCUGGAUGAGGUAAUCCUUUAUUUUUUUCUCCUCUCUAACACACGACAGGAGCACUAAGGCAGCAUGACAACAGGGAAAUACCACUGAGUCUGUUAUAUCCCCACAUGCCCUUGUCUGGCAUACUUGUUCCGCAUUAUGUGGUUAACCUUAUCCAUGCUCUUCAUUGUCAAGCUAACCAUGUUAUUGCUAGAUUACUAAAGCAUUCUAUUUGUGACCUUUUUAUUAUUCACACACUCAGUGUUUGUCACAAAAUGGCAUCCAUAGGUUUGAAUAGCAAAAAAUAGCUUUCAAAUGGUCAGACAGUGUUUGUAAGUCCAUAACUCUCCCUGCCAAUAACACUGCCACAUAGAGCUGACCACAUUUAGUUGACUGGUAUAUUUAUUGUUUUUUGGUCGAUAGGCUGUUGGUCGGCCAAUAUUUUUUUUUUUUGUUGAGCAGUCACAAAUGUAUGUUAUUUUUGUUAUGGCACACAAGACGCCUGUCUGAGUGGACUAAUCCAUUGCGGAGGCCGCGGGGAUGGCACACCAGUAGUAGGCCCACAUUUACUGUUAAUUCCCAUAAUUUCUAAUCUACAAUGUUUGUUAGGUUACUGUAAUUUCUGUUAAUGCAUUCAAUAUAUUAUUAUUAUUAUUAUUAUUAUUAUUAGUCUUAUCAUUCUCAUUGUAGGAGUGGACACGUUUGCAGAGCGCACAACCUAUGCUACACUUGUGAGAAACAGGUUUUGGUUUAUUUCAUUCCAUUUACGAUUACGCAACUGAUUACACAUUAAAAAAAGGUCUAGGCUACCUGGCCUGCGUGCAAAUGUAGGCCUAUAAAUGUGCCCAUCUGGGGGUCUGAUACUAUGUCUGAUUGUCUUAACUCACCAUCACUGUGGAGCUUCUCAAAGUAAUUUUUUCUUUGCGUCAAACAGCAAGUAAACAAAGUCUGUUUUUACAUCCAUUGAGAAUGACAAUAGUUCCUCAACAUGGCCUAUUUGAAAAAUAUUUCCAGCUCUCUCCCUUUCGAUAAUCACUCAUUAUGAAAGGGGGAAAAAAUGUCAUGCUCUGAUCCGGUGUAAACGUCAUAAAAUAAGCCUACCUGAUUACUUCUUAUCCCUUGCGCAAAUGGCCUACAGCUGUGUCUGUCUGUCAGGAGUUCACUGGCGCGGGAAACUCUGAGGGCCCAGAAUAUUUUAUACUAUGUUGUAAGUUUGCUAGGAUGAGCUUCGGGUAGGACCAAGUUUAUAGUUGAUAUAAUGUUUCAAGUUCCUUGCAGACAGGCCAUGCGUAGCCAAUGUGAUUUACAGGAUAUUUAUUUUUAUCAGGAUAUUUUCUACCUGCAAUGUUUUGAUUUGUUGGCGUUAUGUAGGCUAUUUACAUAUUGGCAAUGGCAAUAGAAGUUACUUUUAGAUUUGUAUCAUUUUAAUUUAGAACUUUGAUUAACCACAUGACAUUGAUUUUGAUAUAUGAAGCUUAUUUUUUAUUUUUGUUUUAUUUUUUUAUAGGAUGGGGACUUUUAUUAUAAGUGAAACUGUUCCACAAAAAUGUGCAUAUGAAAAUCACAACUGGCACGCAAAUCAGUAGAAAUGGUACGAUAAAUUGCCACACCAAAUAGAAAAGGUUGCCGACCUCUGGUGUAGCCUAUUACCAGCCACUUCAGGAGCAUAAUGGCAGAAGGCCAGCAGCAGCGGGCAGUGGGAGGGGGAGGAGGGUCGGGAACAGGGCACAGAUUCACUAAACACUUCUUACGUAAAAAAAUAAGAAGUUCAUAAGAUGUAAGUGCAAUUCCUCAACAACAUCUUAAGAUUGAAUGAUUUUCUUACGAACUACUCAUAACUUCUUACAAAUCUUCUUAAGAUGUUUGUUGCUAGGCAACCAUUUUAACUAGCUAUCUAGCUAGUAAUGGCAAUCAUGUUAGCAUAUUUCUUACUGAGAUUACUGUUGUAAAACAUGUUCUUGGGUUUAAAAUAAUCAAUACUGAAACUUUCAGAUUAAGUUUGUGAAUUAAACAUGUUCAAUUGCUUUCAUGAGAUUUUUCUCUCACUGCCCUGAGUUUAAGACAAGGGUUUAGCUAUCUUGGAAAAAUAAGACAUAGCGCAAGAACAUUUCCAAUGACCUUUUUGAGGAAUAGCAAUUUUGCUUAACUUCUUAAGUCUAUAGUUAAGAAGAAAUUGCUUCUUAAGGUUUGUGAAUCUGGGUUUAGGUUUUUUUUCUUCUGGUUUGGCUAUAUUGAUCUCUGGCUCUAGUAAUUUGUCUUACUUUAAGCACUGUGAUUAAAAAAUUAUCAGACAAGCUCAGUAGCCUACAUAUAUAGUUGAUUUGAAUAAAACAUGUGGUGUGUCUAUAUAUGGAAAAAUACAUGUUUAAAAAUGUAGACCAAUUGAUUAUUCGAAAGAACAGACGACUCGGGUCUACAACAUUUAUUUUAUUUUUGUCUGGGACAGCCCUAUUGCCACCCCUUUCUGUGGUCCUCCCAUUUUUAGCAAUAUAAUACUUUUCUAUGUCAUUUUCUGUGCUCCCCCAUACAGGGUUCAUUAGAGUCUGUGGAGAGAAGUGGCUGCAAGGCCUGUGGAAGACCAGAGGAGCAGGGUCAUGUCGGCUGUGUGGAGGUGGUCGUCACCAACAACGAGAGCACUACUUCCUGCAGCUGCCCAGACGGCACCGUACCCAAAGUCAAGAAAGGUAAAGCUGACACCACCGUCCAACCAUCACCCAAGAUCAGACAUCUGACCCUGGGUAAGAUCAAUCUUACCAAUGUUGGCUAA